UGAGGGAAAGGAAAGAUGGCGGCGGCAGCGUUGGAGGCGGCCGCCCCGCAAGCGACUCCGGCCGCCCCGGCGGGGACGGCGGCUCCGGGGACCGCGCGGAGGCCGGCGGCCCAGCGGCCGCGGGCGAAGUAGGGAGGCGGCCUCGCCGUCCCCGGGCGCAGCGACCGCGGAGCGCCGUCCCGCGCCUCACGAUGCUGUCGGCCUUGAAGAAGCUGGUGGGCUCCGAGCAGGCCCCGGGGCGGGACAAGCCCAUCCCGGCGGGGCUCCAGUCCAUGAACCAGGCGCUGCAGCGGCGUUUCGCGAAGGGCGUCCAGUAUAACAUGAAAAUUGUCAUCCGAGGUGACAGAAACACGGGAAAGACCACUUUGUGGCAUCGGCUGCAGGGAAAGAAAUUUGUUGAGGAAUAUAUCCCAACCCAGGAGAUCCAAGUCACCAGCAUCCAUUGGAAUUAUAAAACUACGGAUGAUAUUGUGAAGGUUGAAGUCUGGGAUGUGGUUGAUAAAGGCAAGUCCAAGAAACGGGGAGAUGGAUUGAAACUGGACAACGAUCCUCAAGAGGCAGAAUCCGAGAUGGCCUUGGACGCGGAAUUCCUGGAUGUAUAUAAGAACUGCAAUGGUGUCGUGAUGAUGUUUGAUAUCACCAAACAGUGGACUUUCAACUACAUCCUGAGAGAACUUCCCAAAGUCCCAACCCAUGUCCCUGUGUGUGUGCUUGGGAACUACCGGGACAUGGGCGAACACCGGGUGAUCCUGCCUGACGACGUGCGGGAAUUUAUUGACAACCUGAACAGGCCUCCCGGCUCCUCCUACUUUCGUUACGCCGAGUCUUCCAUGAAGAACAGCUUUGGCCUCAAAUACCUGCACAAAUUCUUCAACAUCCCCUUCCUGCAGCUGCAGCGCGAGACUCUGCUCCGGCAGCUGGAGACGAACCAGUUGGACAUUGACGCCACCCUGGAGGAGCUGUCUGUGCAGCAGGAGACGGAAGACCAGAACUAUGAGCUGUUCCUCAACAUGAUGGAAGCUCGCGGCCGGGGACACGCCUCUCCUCUGGCCACCAACGGGCAGAGCCUUUCCUCAGGUUCCCAGUCUCCGGUGGUUCCACCGGGCAGUGCUUCGGGGGGCUCCAGCCCCGGCACCCCACAGCAAAGGUUGGCCGUCCCCGACCUUGCCGUGGAGCCCGGUGCUGAGCCUCCAGCGCCAGGGCUGCAGCCUGAAGCCCCGCCGCCCACAGCCAUCCCUGCGCCGGCUGCCCCGCCGAAACGUGGAAUCAUCGCUCGACUCUUUGGGACGUCCCCGGCUCCCGAGACGGGUGCCACCUCUCCAGAUCCUGUUCUUCCUGCCGUUGCUCCCUCAAAAGUCCAGAGCGUGGAAGACUUUGUCCCCGACGAGAGCCUGGACCACAGCUUCCUGGAAGACCCCAUCCUCCAGAGAGAGAAGGGGGGGAAGCCGGCAGGAAAGGCUCCUGCCGACAGUGACAGUGACCGAGAGGCUCCUGGUGGGAACCCCUUGGUGGCCGGCUUCCAGGAUGACCUGGACCUCGACGAGCGUUUGUUCAACAAGCCCCCGUUAGCGGCGGAGCUGGUCCCGAGCAAAAACGUGAACCUGUCGAGCGAGGAAGAAGAACCCUCCUCCAAGCUCUCCGUCGUGGGGGCUGAAGAGGCUGGCUUAGAACAAGGAAAAAAACGAGCUUCCAAAAAGCCCUUGAAACUCCCAGAGCCUUUGGCCCUGCCCACGUCCUCCACUGAGCUGAAAUCUCCCGCCGGCCAGCCUCUACUCGGGCAAAGCAAGUGUAUGAUGGCAGCCGGCGGGCCUGAGGCCCGCCCGCCUGCAGCGCCCUCUGCCUCCAAGCAGCAGGAGUCCGGGAGCGACUCGGAGGGGCCCUUCGCCGUGCAGAUGCUCUCCUUUGUGAUGGACGAUCCGGACUUUGAAAGUGAGGAGUCCGAGAGCCAGAGGAAGCGGCCAGAGUUUCCGGUGCGAGAGGAUCUCUCGGACCUCUCCGAGGAGGAUCCCCCUUCCAGACCCACCCAGCUCUCCAAGCCUGCGCCCCGCUCCUUCCGAGUGAAGAACGAGGCCGAUCUCUUUGGGUUGGGGCUGGAUACAGCGGUGGGCAGAGAGAGCAGCGAGGAAGCUGCCGAUAAGGAGAAGCAGACUUUGAAGGAGAAGAAGAAGAAGAAGAAGAGGGCUAGCAAAGAGGAAGAACCGGAGAAGGUGUCGGGCAGGAAAAAGAACAAGCCGAAAAAGGAGGAGGACGAGAGAGGAGAAAAGAAGAAGAAGGCGUCCAAGCAGCAGCACCCGCCGCGGUGCAAAGCCAAGCCCAACGGGAUGAACGAGCUGGAGGCCUUCCUCGGGGGCGGUGCUGGGGCCAGCAAGCAGCCGGGGGGUGGAGACUAUGAGGAGCUGUAGCCCCUCCCCAGCCAGGUGCACGGGGCAAGGUGGCCCCAGCCCACCGUCACCGCCCCUCCCUGCCUUUCUCUGCUGCCCGUUGCCAGAGUGGCUGGAGCCCGAGGAGGGGCCUGCAAGCGGCUCAGAAGCCCCCCCAGCCUUCCUGUCCUUUCAGCCGGGGAGCCCUGGGUUUGGGCUCCUGGGGCCCAAAAGAGGGGGGGGCCCUCCCUCCACGGAGGCCGCAUUGUGUCCCGCCCAAAGUGGCUGCUGCCUGUCGAACGAUGGAUCCGCGCUGUUGUUUUACGAGAGAAACGGUUCUGGACCCGUGGCUCCCCUUAGACUUUGGACAGUUGCAGGGUCCCAGCCAGGGGUGUGUGUGUGUCGUGGGGUGGGUGGGGGCAGAGGCCUUCCAUGUGGGGAGGGGGAAGUGUUUGAAUAACGUGGCUUUAUUCUGGGAAUUUGCGGGAGAGUCAGACAGACGGCGGUGCCCUCUCCUCCUCCCUGCCCUUUUCCCCAGUUGUCCCAGUUUGAGAACCCCGGAAGCUCGUCUGCAGCCAAGCGUCCGUAGGAAAAAAAAAAAAAGGAGGCUGGCCCCCCCCCCCCGGGCCGGGGGGGGGGGGGGGGGGUGUGCCGCCCACCCCUCUCCUGGCUCCUCCUCGGGUGGGCUUGCCCCCCCUUUCCGGAUCCCUGCCUCCCAGUCACCGCUGCAUGUGUUUGCCCUGGAACCCAGCCAGCUCUCGGGAGCGGUUGGUCCCACCCCUGCUACUUUUGUGUGUGUGUGUGUGUCAUUCCACCCCCCAAUGCCACCCCCACCCCCCCCUCACACUCAAGGAAAAGCAGCUACAAAUUCCGGACCAUUCCGUUGUGUCUCUUAAGUGUGGGUUGAAGUUGGACCGUUCUGACAUUCCUCCCCUGUUCUGCGCCUUCCCGCUUUG